ACUUGCCAAACCAAAGCCACAAAGCCCUAAAAAUAACUAACAACCUCACUCUCUUCUCUCCAACCAAAACAACAAAAAUCCAAACUAUCCCACUUUCACUAAAACAAAAAAUAACCUAACACACUAGUUGACACUAGCUAGCUUACUCACUCCAAUUUCCAACCAAAAUAUACUACUAUUCCAUUAUAACACAUUGACAUUCCUUCUUCUCUUUUUUCCCUACCAAAAACACACACACAAAAAAAACUUCAACACCAAAACAAGAAAAAAAAAACCUCCAUUUUUUUUUCUCUUCAUUUCUUCACUAAUGGAAUGUUACUUCCCUAAACUUCUCAUUCUCUUAUUUUUCUCUCUUUUCAUUUUAGUAAACUCAUCAUGCACAAAAAACACCACCAUUUCCAAUGAUUUUCAGCUAGUUCUUAAGGCUUUUAGUUCAGUCUCAGGAUUCAACUCUUCUUAUCUUUUCCACCACCAAAAUUUGACAAAAAAUUGUUCUUCUCCAAUUACUCAAAUUAAUCUCUCAUUUCAUAACUUAAGUGGGACCAUUUCAUGGAAAUUUAUCAAAAAUCUUUCACACUUGCAAUCUUUAGAUCUCUCACAAAAUUACCUAAAAGGGCAUGUUCCUAAUUGGUUAUGGUACCUUAAUUCUCUUCUUAAAGUCAACUUAUCUACCAACCAGUUUGGGGGUAGUGUUGGAAUUUCAAAUGCCUCACAUUUUUCAGCGGUUCAAAGUAUCAAUCUUUCAAAUAAUAGGUUCACCAAAUUGGUCAAUUUUUCUGGGUUUUCUAGUUUGAGUUUUUUUGAUGUUUCUAACAAUGAUUUGAGUGGUUUGAGUUUUGGGUUUUUGCAUAAUUUGACCAAAUUGGAGUAUUUAGAUGUUUCAAGGUGUAAUCUUUCAGGUACUUUAAAACCCAUCAAAAACUUAAAAAAUUUGAAACAUUUAGAUGUUUCAAACAACAAUUUUAUGGGUAAUUUUCCUUCUGAUUUCCCACCAUUACAAAACCUCAAAUUCCUCAACAUUUCAAUGAAUAAAUUCAAUGGAAAUUUCUCCAAAAACCAAAACCAAUAUUACCAUAAAUUUGGUAAAUCUGCUUUUUUACAAGCUGGAAACUUUAACUUCUCCAAUAAUUUACUCACAAACCCAAAAAAAAUCCCACAUCAUAAACUUAUCAAAAAAGAAAAACCCAUGAAAAAACAGGAGAAAAACAAAACACCCACAUCCAAAAAAAUGAGAUUUAACUUAAUUUUAGGUGUGUCGUUUGGUUCAGCAGGUAUUGUCGUUUUGUUAUCUGCUUGUGUGUAUUUCAUCCACAGUAAAAGAAAAAUGAGGUUGAGUAAAAAAAAAUGGGUAAUUUCAAAACCAAUUCAAACUCCAUAUAAGAUGGAUAAAUCAGGGCCGUUCAAUUUUGAGACAGAAUCAGGAUCAUCAUGGAUGGUUGAGAUUAAAGAAGCAUCAUCUGCUACUGUUGUUAUGUUUGAGAAACCUUUGAUGAGUUUGACUUUCAAAGACUUGAUUGCUGCCACGUGUCAUUUUGGGAGGGAAUCACAGUUGGCAGAAGGAAGGUGUGGGCCCCUUUAUAGAGCUGUACUUCCAGAUGAGAUCCACGUGGCAAUCAAAGUCUUGGAAAAUGCAAGAAGGGUUGACCAUGAUGAAGCUAUUGCUAUGUUUGAAGAUUUGUCAAGGAUGAAACACCCUAACUUGUUGCCUAUUUCUGGUUACUGUAUUGCAGGGAAGGAGAAGCUAAUAUUGUACGAGUUCAUGUCUAAUGGUGAUUUACAUUCUUGGCUACACGAGCUCCCUCCGGGUAGACCCAACGUCGACGAUUGGAGCACCGACACGUGGGAUUGCCAAAAUGAUCCCGAAGCCACUCCUAGUAACACCACAUCACCCGAGAAAAUUAAUUGGCUUACGCGCCAUCGGAUUGCACUUGGAGUGGCGCGUGGGCUUGCUUACCUUCACCAUGCACGGUCCAAGCCAGUGGUCCACGGCCACCUCGUACCCUCGAAUAUCCUCCUUACCGAUGACCUCGAGCCUCGUGUUGCGGACUUUGGCAUGCACAUGAGGGAAAAUGUGGGGUCCGUUGAAGAUGAUGUGUAUGGAUUCGGCCUAAUCUUAAUUGAGUUAAUGACGGGUCAAACAAUCGAUCCAGAGAUAGUAAAUAAAGUCCGAAAGUCAGUUAAGGAUGGCAAUGGAUCGAGACUGCUAGACCAAAGACUAAAACUCGAUGACUACUCGAGUAAUGGAGCGGUCGAGUGUCUCCGAGUUGGGUACUUGUGCACAGCGGAAAACACUAGUAAAAGGCCUACAAUGCAACAAGUAGUAGGUCUACUCAAGGAUAUAUACCCAAGUUAAACUCAAUUUCAUUGGAGUUACGUUGUUUGAAUCACAUACAAAUUGUAUUGUGUUUCAAAGUAUAUAAUGAAGUACUUCUUUUGUUUAGGGUCCCUAAAGAGAUUUACUCUUUUACCCCACAUCAUCAUUCAUAAAACAGGGCGUACUUUCUUCAGGUGACUUUUGCACGCGCUUCAAUACUACGUGUGUCGCGCACUACUUGAGUUUAUAUUUUUCAA